UGAUCAAACUUGCAUGGAUUUUUCCUGCUAUUUUUACAGCGAAUGUGGUUUUUCUAGAACGUUUCAAAUUAAGACACGUACCAGUAAGACAUGUGACAGAGCCAGGUGACUGUGUGUAACAGGAACUGUAAGUGUAAAUGAGAGACAGAACUGAUUGCAUUUCUAAUAUCGGCUUCUAAAGUCAUUUAUAAAGACUUUAUUCGGUUCCCAACAGAAGCACAAACACCAAACAGAACACGAUCAUUGUUAAGAACCUAAUUGUUAAAUCCGAUAUUAUUUGGACAGAAAAGCUUCAUUUUGAUUGCUGAGCUGCAUCGAAGUUGUUGUAAACGACACUUUAAGCAUGUUUUCCAGGAAUGGAUGUAAACUUGGAUACUGAAGAUUUCUUCUUUAUUGUUGUGUGGAGUUACCUGAUCCAACAUGUACUUAUCAGUUCAGUGGAAAUCACAUGUGAAUACCAGCUGAUGUGAAUCAUCGGUUCCAGAUACAGACGUCUGUACUGUGAGCAGGACGAAGCCCCACCUCUACAGCAUAAAAGCUCAGGACGGUGUUAUAUCACUACACACAGCCUUCUUUCACGCUCACAAUCGAAUUGGACGGAUGAAUCAUGGCAACGGUUUUACAGAGCAGAACGACAUAUUUUCCUUCACUGAUAGCACCAGGACCAAAUAUGUUCCAGCAUGACAAUACACACAAAAUGAGCUCCAUGAAGACCUGGUUUGCCAAGAAAUCUGUUGUAGAAGAACUGGAAUGGAUUGCACAGAGCUAGCCAUGCUAAGUUAAUCCAAAACUCAUAUUCUGAGCUGUCUGAAUUGAAGUGAGCUGAUUGUGUCCAACGUCACACCCACAGCGUUCGAGCUACCGUCUGGAGGAACCAGAGUGCAAUUCAUUUGACAGCUCCAUAACUGUACCAAUAGAGGACGCUGUAACACCAUACUAAAGAUUUCAAUAAAAGUGACUUAUCUGGCAACAGGACAAAGCCCCACCUUAUAGAGCUUCCCUUAAUAAAGCACAUCAUCUUCCUACGGUCCAAUAUACACUUGGUCUCGGUCUGAGGAGACACGACGCAGCCCAACAUGACGACCAAGAACGAUUCUGCUAAUGACACCAUACCAGAUGGUUACUUACUCUGCAACAACAACAACGUAAGGGCCUUCAGCAGAGUCUUCCUCCCUACACUCUACAGCAUCGUCUUCAUCGUGGGGUUCAUCGGCAACUGCCUGGUUGUUUGUGUCCUGGUCAAGUUCCACAAAAAGUCCAACAUGUCAGAUGUGUGUCUCUUCAACCUGGCGCUUUCAGACCUCCUCUUCCUUCUCUCAUUACCUUUCUGGGCUCACUACGCCCUCACCAGUCAGUGGACCUUCGGGAGCUUCAUGUGCCGUACAGUGACAGCGUUCUACAUGCUGGGAUUCUAUGGAAGCAUCUUCUUCAUGAUCCUUAUGACCAUUGAGCGCUACAGUGUCAUUGUCCAUACCAAUACAUCCCUGUUCUCUAAGCACCGGUCUGUCAGAGCUAGCAUAGCCCUGGUUUUGUUUAUGUGGACACUUAGCCUGGGAGCUUCUCUGCCCACCGUCAUUUGGGCACAAGUGAACAAUAAAUCAGAAGUAUGGACAUGCAGUUUGGAAUAUCCAAAAGGAACAAAGUGGAGGUCUUUCUCUUACAUGGAGUUGAACAUCCUUGUUUUAAUUAUUCCUCUGUCAGUGAUGUUGUUCUGCUACUCGCGCAUCAUCCCUAUCUUAAUGACCAUGAAGUCUCAGAAGAAACACAGAGCUGUCAGGCUCAUGCUGGUCUUGGUCAGUGUUUUCUUCCUCUUCUGGACACCUUACAACAUCGUCAUCUUCCUGAAAUUCCUGCAGUAUCUGGAUUACAUGAGCACUUGUAAGUGGUAUCAGGACCUGACCAUGGCUAUGCAGUGGGUGGAAACCAUAGCGUUCUGUCACUGCUGCAUCAACCCCAUCAUCUACGCCUUUGUGGGGCAGAGAUUCAGGAAUUUAUUUCUAAAGAUCUUGAAAUUGUGGUUUCCUUGUUGCUUUGGUCGCUGCACUACAACUGAAAGUGAGCUCUCUGUGAAGAGGACCAUUAGGUACUCCUCAGAGAUUUCUGGCACAAAGAUAAAACUAAAAGGUGGUUAAAACCAUUAUCACAUUUGUACUACUAUUAACUCUUAUUAUGCCUGGAUGGACAAUGUAGCCAUGUAAUGUGAAGACCUUAAUGAACACUGCGUUAUAAAAAUAAUAUAAUAUAUAAAUAAUAUAAAUGCUGUAUAAAUAAUAAAAAGAGUGAAUGAAACAAAUCCACAUCCAGCCAAUAAUUCAGCUUGUAUAUUCAUUUUAAAGGCUGCCAAGUGUGCAUGUUUUUUUCCAUGGAAGUUUAAAGUCAACUAAAUAACCAGUCAAACAGUUUACUUAAAGUCACAGAA